UCUUCAUCAGAGAAGAUCACGGAAGCCGCUGCGCACCACUAACACGGGAGCCAACGCCGCGUUCACACGUCCUGUACGAAUCCGUGGACUUGUUUCAGGCAUCAACUGGGCGUUUCCACCGCCCGUGUCCAUCCCAACAGUUGCCUCGAUCUCCUCCGUUCCCGUUCCCGUUCCCGUUCCCCCAAACUUUCCCCUUUCUCCCUUCCUUCCUCUGGAGUCCUAAUUUGACGCGCAGCUCGAUUCCUCUAUGAUUUCGAGGCCUCAUCCCCACCUCCUCUUCUCCUCCCCUUCUUCUCAUGUGCAAGAACCGACGCGCCGCCAUGGCCUCCGAUCCCAAGCCCCGGCCGUCGUCCCGCUCCUCCUACAGCUACCCCGUCACCAACUCCGGUAGCUACCCCCGCACCACCGCAUCCUUCUCCUCCUCCUCCUCAUGGGCCAUCUCCGCCGACUCCAAGACCUCGUCAUCCGCCUCCCUCGCCGCGCUCCGCGACUCCCUCCCAGAGACCCCCACAAUCUACUCCUUCGCCGAGAUCUCCGCCGCCACCAACAAUUUACUUGCUCGCAGCCUCGCCUCCGGCUCUUCCUCCUCCUGGCGAUGUUCUCUUCGCGGCAAGGACGCCGUCAUCUUCCAGCGCCCCUUCCGCGGCGACCCCGCAGCCCUCCCCGGCCGCCUCGGCGCCGUCUGCAAGAGCCACCACAACAGCCUCGUCCGCCUCCUCGGCGUAUCCCUCGCCGGCGACCACAUCUACGUCGUCUACGAGCACUCCCCUGGCGCCUCCCUUGCGGAGUGCCUCCGCAACCCCCGGAACCCCAACUUCACCCCUCUCUCCUCGUGGAUGUCUCGCAUCCAGGUCGCUGCCGACCUCGCCCAGGGUCUCGAAUACAUCCACCACCACUCCGGCGUCAUCCACAACCGGAUGAAGAGCUCCAGCGUCCUCGUCACCGAGCCCAAUUUCCACGCCAAGAUCUGCUACUUCGGCGCGGCGGACCUCGCCGGCGAGGUCCCCGUCACGACCAGCGCCGAAGACAAGGAGGCGGCGUCGGGGGAGAUCUGUCCCUCGUCCCCUCCGUCUCGCAAGAUGAGAAGAGCGGGCAGUGGCCGGAUGAAGAUCGAGGGGUCCAGGGGUUACAUGGCUCCGGAGCUGCUCGCCGGUGGGAACAUCUCGCGGCGGUCCGACGUGUACGCCCUCGGCGUGGUGCUUCUGGAGCUCCUCUCCGGCGACGAGCCACUCAAGUACCGGUUCGAUAAGGAGGGGAAGGACGUCCACAGGGUCUCUCUCAUCGAGACGGCGAGGGAGGCCAUACGCCCGGAAGAGGACUCCUCCGAGCAGGAGCGGCGGGGGAGGGUGCGGCGGUGGGUGGAUCGGAGGCUGCGGGACUCGUACCCAGUGGAGGCGGCGGAGGAUCUGGUCCGGGUGGCGCUGCGGUGCGUGGAGGCGGAUGCGGCGGCGCGGCCCGACAUGACGUGGGUGGCCGGAAAAGUAUCCAAAAUCUUCUUGGACUCCAAGGUGUGGGAGGAGACGGUUAGGGUUCCGACGGACUUCUCGGUGUCCAUAGCUCCGCGGUGAGAAUAAGCGGUGGUGGCGAUGGAUGUUGACGGGAGUCGCGCGACCGAACGGAUUCCCCCAAUUUUUUUUUUAUGUUUGUAUUUUUGUAAUUUUGUAUUCAUACGAUUUAAUUAUACCUGGAAAACAACAAAAGGUGAUGGGAGCCGAUGCAUCCUUCCACUAAUGGCGAUUUGAUGGCGGGCAGAGGUGGACACGGUGGUUGUGAAAUUUUUGGAGUUAUUGCUUUAUGGUUGAAUUUUUUUUUUUUUUAAAUACUGAUAAGGAUUUGGUGAAUGGUGAUGGCGGAGGGGACAAUGGUUGUGGAAUUUUUGGAUUCGUUGCUUUACGGUUGAUUUUUUUUUUGAUAUGUUUAUGAUUUGGCCAGAGCGUCUAUGUGGGUUGGCAAUUUGUCACUCUCAUGUUUUAAAUGCUGUGAAUAAAAUUUUCUUUUGAUCAUGAA